CUUCACAGGAUAAUGCAGUUGGGUGUGAUCAUCUCUGAGCUCCUGGAAAAUGGUUCUUCUGUUAUGGUUUGUUUGGAAGAUGGCUGGGAUAUUACUGCACAAGUAGUGUCUCUGGUGCAGUUACUCAGUGAUCCCUUUUAUAGGACACUUGAAGGCUUCCGAAUGCUGGUGGAAAAAGAAUGGCUCUCGUUUGGUCAUAAAUUCAGUCAACGUAGUAAUCUGACACUCAAUUGUCAGGGUAGUGGAUUUGCUCCUGUUUUCUUACAGUUCUUAGACUGUGUGCAUCAGAUUCAUAACCAAUACCCAACAGAGUUUGAGUUCAAUCAGUAUUAUCUGAAGUUUCUGGCUUUUCAUCACAUAUCAAAUCGAUUUAAGACAUUUCUUCUGGAUUCAGACUAUGAAAGACUAGAACAUGGGACAUUGUUUGAAGAUAAAGGAGAUAAACAUGCCAAAAAAGGAAUUUGUAUUUGGGAAUGUAUUGAAAAGAUGCACAAAAGGAGCCCUAUUUUCUUCAAUUACCUCUAUGCCCCUGCUGAAACAGAGGCACUGAAACCAAAUGUAAAUAUGUCCAGCCUCAAAAAGUGGGAUUAUUAUGUAGAAGAGAUUUUGGCUACAGGUCCUUCCUAUGAUUGGGCCAUGGUAACUGGAAAAUGCAGUGUUCCAGAGGAAACGGAACAAAUUGAUGGUUCGCUCCCUCAGACUAAGAGGAAAAUCGUGUGGCCGUGUUAUGAUGAUGUUAAAAAAAUACAACCUGAUGCCAUCAGCAGCCUUUUAAAU